AUGAAUGUCAUAAGUCCUAUUGACUCUUCCUCUGGAAGUAUCAAUGAUUUUGUUGGAAAGGAUGGAGACUUGAACGAAGAAAAUAGACUUCAGUUGGUAAGGACUAUAACCAGCCUUCACAAUGAAGAUGUCUUACAAAGAUUGUCUACUCUUUCGAGAGAAUUGUCUAAGAGAAACCCGGAGUUCAACAUUAAUCCUGAAGAUUUUGACUUGCAAAACAUAUUGUCGCUAUUCACAAGUUUAGCUCACAAACAAGGCAUACACUUACGUCAAUCUGGAAUCACUUUCUCAAAUGUCGAAGUUAAAGGUGUAGAUGAAUCUUUCUCUGUAGCAGUGACUGCUCUCGACAUGUUAAAGGGUCCAGUUGGGGCCAUUCAGGCAGCUAGAGCUAAAAAGAGAACACCAGACAGAAUAAUAUUGAAGGACAUUAGUGGUUAUGCCAAACCUGGUGAAAUGGUUCUAGUACUUGGUAGACCUGGUGCUGGAUGUUCCUCAUUAUUGAAAACAUUGGGAGGAACAGAUAUUGACUUAUUUAAGUCUGUCUCUGGGGAUAUUAGGUAUGAUGGCUUGACUCAAGCAGAAAUGUUGAAAAAUUUUAAGUCAGAUAUCAUUUAUAAUCCUGAACUAGACGAACAUAUGCCUCAUUUGACUGUCGAGCAAACGUUAAAUUUUGCAAUCGGAUGUAAGACUCCUGAAAUGAGGAUAAACGGUAUCUCUCGUGAAGAGUUUAUCGGGGCUAUGAAGGAAAUCUUAGCAACUGUUUUCGGGUUGAGGCAUACUUAUCACACAAAGGUUGGUAAUGAUUAUGUAAGAGGAGUAUCUGGAGGUGAGCGUAAGAGAGUUUCCAUUGCUGAAGCGUUAGCUUGUCGUGCAUCCGUUUACUGUUGGGACAAUGCUACUAGAGGGUUAGACUCCUCGACGGCUUUAGAGUACGCAAGAGCUAUUCGUACUUCGACUAACUUAUUGAAAACCACCGCAUUUGUUACCAUUUACCAAGCAGGAGAAAAUAUUUAUGAGACAUUCGAUAAAGUCACUGUUUUGUAUCGUGGUCAUCAAGUAUACUUUGGACCAAUGGAAGAAGCUAAGCUGUAUUUCGAAGAAAUGGGAUGGGAAUGUCCAGCCAGACAAUCGACAGCAGAAUUUUUGACUGCAAUUACUGAUCCAAUUGGUCGUUUCCCAAAACCUGGCUUCGAAGACAGGGUACCACGUACCGCAGAGGAAUUUGAAGCAUAUUGGUUGAAUUCUCCAGCGUAUGCAAGAUUACAAGAAGAAAUCGCAGAAUAUAACGCUAAUGUCAAUCAAGACGAAACAAGAGACACUUACUAUACAUCAAUCAAGCAAGAAAAAAUGAAAUAUCUGCGUAUGAAUUCUAAGUACACUAUUAAUUAUUUCGAGCAGUUGAAGUUGUGUACUGUCAGAAGGUUCCAAGGAAUUUGGGGAGAUAAAGCUUACACAAUUACACAAUUAAUUGCUGCAUUAUCUCAAGGUCUCAUUGCUGGGUCAUUGUAUUACAAUACGCCAACGACUGUUACUGGAUCAUUUUCUCGUGGAGGUGUGGUAUUUUUUGCAGCAUUAUAUGUGUCUUUAAUGAGUCUUGCAGAAGUCACAGCAGCUUUUAGUACCAGACUGAUUUUGAUGAAGCAAAAGAAUUAUUCAAUGUAUCAUCCCUCAGCAGAUGCCUUAGCAUAUUCUGUUACCACGAUUCCCGUUAGUUUUCUUGUGACUGUCGUCUUUGUUAUUGUUCUUUAUUUCCUUUCGAAUUUGAGUCGUGAGGCAGGUAAGUUCUUUACUUUCUUACUUUUUACAUUCAUGGUGUCAAAUACAAUCAGUGCACUAUUCAAAGCAGUGGCUUCAUUAAACAAGACUAUUGCCGGAGCCAACAUGAUUGCAGGGAUUCUUGUGCUUGCAAUUCUUAUGUAUUCUUCCUUUAUGAUUCAAAGGCCCUCCAUGCACCCUUGGUUUAAGUGGAUUUCAUAUAUCAAUCCCUUACUCUAUGGAUUUGAAUCAAUGAUAGCUACUGAAUUCCAUGGUAGACAUAUGGAAUGUGACGGCCAGUACUUAACACCCAAUGGCCCUGGGUAUCAGAAUUUAUCAUCGGGAGAACAAGUUUGUUCUUUCAGUGGAUCAGUUGCUGGUCAGAGUUGGGUCUUAGGUGAUGAUUACCUUAAAGUUGCUUUCACAUACAGUUUUUCUCAUGUGUGGAGAAAUUUUGGUAUUCUUUUGGGAUUCUAUUUCUUUUUCACGAUUAUCAAUGCUAUUGGAUGCGAGAUUAUCAAACCAGUAGUUGGAGGAGGUGAUAAGUUGAUUUACUUGAAAGGAAAGAUCCCGGAUUCAGUUCUUUUACCUGAAGAGAAAUCCGGAACAGAUACUCCCACUUCAUUAGAAAAAGAGAAAAAGGAAUCUGCUGUCUUUGAAGAUUUGAAAUCGAAAGACUUGUUUGCUUGGAGAAAUGUAAAUUAUGUUAUCCCCUAUGAUGGGAAGGAAAGGACAUUGCUUGAUGACAUUUCAGGAUAUUGCGUUCCAGGGACUUUAACAGCACUUAUGGGAGAAUCAGGAGCAGGUAAAACUACUUUGUUGAAUACUUUGGCACAAAGAAUCUCCAUGGGUGUUGUCACCGGUGACAUGUUAGUGAAUGGAAAUCAAUUAGAUGCAAGUUUCAGUAGGAGGACAGGAUAUGUUCAACAACAAGAUGUUCACAUUAGUCAAGUCACCGUUAGAGAGUCGUUGAGAUUUGCUGCGAGACUUAGAAGAUCAAAUGAUGUCAGCGACGAAGAGAAAUUAGACUAUGUUGAAAAGAUUAUUUCCGUGCUUGACAUGGAUGAAUAUGCAGAUGCUAUAGUUGGAAAUCCCGGUGAAGGACUUAAUGUCGAACAGCGUAAAAAGUUAAGUAUUGGGGUUGAGUUAGUUGCAAAGCCAUCCUUAUUGUUAUUCUUAGACGAACCUACCUCAGGGCUUGACUCGCAGUCUGCAUGGGCCAUUGUUAAAUUGCUUAGAGAUUUAGCCAAUGCUGGCCAGUCAAUUUUGUGCACCAUUCAUCAACCUUCGGCAACAUUAUUUGAAGAAUUCGAUAGAUUAUUGUUGUUGAAGAAAGGAGGAAAAACUGUUUACUUUGGUGAUAUCGGUAAGAGGUCUCAUACUUUAUUAGAGUACUUCGAACGCAACGGUGCUAGACCAUGUGACGAUUCGGAAAAUCCAGCAGAAUAUAUACUUGAAGCAAUUGGGGCUGGAGCUACUGCUUCGGUCAAAGAAGAUUGGCAUGACAUAUGGGUUGCAUCACCAGAAAAGAAAGAAUCUGACCUUAGAGGGGAUAAAUUAAUAUCUGAGUACUUGGCUAACAACGAAAAUCAGACUCACACUGAUGCUGAAAGAAAGCAAUUAGCUGAAAAGUAUGCAACUCCUUUUACCUACCAGUUUAUGAUCGUGCUUCGUAGAAAUGCCUUGACAUUUUUUAGAAAUCCUGAGUAUCUUGGUGCAAAGAUUGGGUUGUACACUUUAUCAGGCUUGUUCAUUGGAUUUACAUUUUUUGGAAUAAAGCAUAGUAUCAUAGGAAUGCAAAAUGGUCAAUUCACAGCUUUUUUAUCUGUUGUUGUCGCUGCGCCAUUAAUUAAUCAAGCACAGGCACAAGCUAUAACAGGCCGGAAUUUGUAUGAAGUAAGAGAAAAAAUGUCGAACACAUAUCAUUGGUCCUUAAUGAUUCUUUCUCAAUUUAUAAAUGAGAUACCUUACUGUAUUAUUGGUUCAGCUAUUCAAUUUGUCUCAAUUUACUUUCCCACUCAAGCUAAUACCUCAGGUCCUCAUGCUGGAGUUUUUUACUUAACAUUAGGUGUCUUUUUCCAAUUUUAUUACAUUAGUUUUGGAUUAAUGAUGCUUUAUUGCGCUCCUGAUGUUGAAUCUGCUGCCAUUUUAGUCUCAUUCUUCUAUACAUUUAUUGUUGCUUUCAGUGGUGUUGUCCAACCUACUACUUUGAUGCCUGGAUUUUGGACCUUUAUGCACAAGGUUAGCCCAUAUACAUAUUUUAUUGAGAACUUAGUUACUUCAAUUUUACAUGGAAGGGAAGUUAAGUGCUCAAAAACUGAAUAUUCGUACUUCAAUCCACCUAGCGGGCAAACUUGUAUUGAGUUUGCAGGUGCAUAUUUAAAUACUACAAAUGGUUACCUUCUGAAUCCUGAUGCUACUAGUGAUUGUGGUUAUUGCUCUUACAGUCAAACUGACGCUUAUAUGGCAACUACUGGAAUGAAAUACUCACACAGGUGGAGAAAUCUAGGAUUCUACUGUGUUUAUGUAAUUUUUGAUGUUGCUGCAAUGCUUUUCUUGUACUGGGUUUUCCGUUACAGACAAGGCUCCUUGAUUCCUAAUUUGUCCUUCCUCAAAAGAAAGAAGAAAUAA